AUGUACGGCCGAACACCGGUACUACCAUUCGAUCACCAAGACGCGAAUAUCACACUCAAUUUCGACUCCAAACACGCAAAAAAACUCCACGAUCAUCUGGCAACAUUAAGCGAAGAAGCACGGAACAACAUCCGACGCAAUCAGGAACAAUACGCAGAACGCUACAAUAAGCAUCGCACGGAUCCGACUUACAAAAUAGACGAUUUAGUCCUGGUGAAAACCCUCAAUACUCGAUCCAAAUUCGACUUACGCUAUGAAGGUCCGUUCCGAAUAACGAAAGAAUUAUCGCCGAAAACGUUUAUAGUACAACACAUCAAGAAACCAACAUUACAACGACAAGUUACCACCGAUGUGUUACUACCAAUAUUUCAACGUAUUCAUUAG